CAUAGCAAAGCCAAACCCCACUCCCUCUCUCUCUCCUUCCCUAUUCCCUCUUCCCUCUCUCUCUUUCCUUUUUUUUCUCUAUCUAAUCUUUUUUCCCCCAAUAUUUAUACCCUUUCUUUACUCUCUCCGCCACCCUCUUUCCCUUUUCUCUUCUUCUUUCUUUUUUUUUUCUUCCCUCAUUUCCUCAUCAUGCUGAACCACGACCAAUGGCUUUCAGCGGCCAUGGCGGACGAAACCCUUGUUGCUGACUUAUUGUUGAGGUUGAAGCAGUCUCAGGCUGUUUUACCUUCCAAAUCUCCUCUUCCGAUGUCUGUUCCGUUUACCUGGGGUAUUAAGCAACCAAGGUCCAGGAUGUCUACAGCUACGGCUACGGCUACGGUGCCUGUUAGAUGUGGUGAUGUUGUAUUGAAGAGGAAUAAUAAGGAUGUUGAUUCAACUAGAUGUAGUCCUACCACGCCGCUUUCAUGGAGUGGUGGAGCUUCUCCUUCUGCAACGCUUGAUGGUUUUGAGGAGUCCAGUCGUCCCGCUACGCUCUCUCAGGCUGCAUCCAGAUUUAAGGUUCUUGAGGGUGCUGCUGGAAAUGAGUCGGCGGCUGGUAAUACUACAAAGAGGUUAAGACGAAAGAAGACAUUUGCUGAACUUAAGGAAGAGGAAAGCAUCCUUUUGAAGGAGAAAAUUCAUCUCAAAAUGGAACUGGCCACUUUAAGGGCAAACUUAGAAGAACAAAGAGCCAAGAAUGAGAGUCUGAAGAAAAUGAAGGUAGAUCUCAACUUCAAAUACACAGAGAAAUUCAUUACAAACUCCAAUAUGAUGAUGACGACGACGACGAUGAUGCCAGAAGAAUCUUCAUCCACACUAACCCAUCAAAGGGAAAGCUCUUCACCCACAUUGCCAUUCACAACAUCAGGAUCAGGUUCUUCCGAGGCUCAAUCGCAAAAGAACUUGAAAUCAACCGAAGAAGAUUGUGUCUUUCUCUUGCCAGAUUUAAAUAUGAUACCCUCAGAAGAUUAACUAAGAUCAAAAUACAUUGACUCUCUCUCUCUCUCUCGUUCUUGUUUUUCGUUCUUGCUAAUAUGAUGACAUGGACAGGCACUGAUUGUGAAGCCAUGAGAGCUCCAAUGGCUUUACAAUUUGUUGAUGGCAAAAAAAGUUUGCCGUCUUGUAGAAGAACAUUCAAUUCAGUCUGUUAGCAUUUGUUAAUUCCUGUGUUUCUUACCAUAUUUUUUUAAGGAUGUAACUCUGUGGGUUAAACAAAUUGUUGAAUCCCUCUAGAAGAAUGGUGUAGGGUUGAUUCAUUCGUUGUAGCGUUUAUUAUAUAGGUACAUAGUUACUUAAUUUGAUUGUCAUGACUUUGUUGUUAUAAAAGUUGUUAUUUUUUUACCAUUUUUA